AACAAGUUUCAUUUAUCGCGCGACGGAAAUGCACUGAUUGAAUUAAAUUAGUUCAGUGGUAGCGCCGACAAGUUCUGCGGGAAAAUUACCUAAAUUUGGGGUUAUUACCGCUUUAAUAAGUAAAGUAGGUUACUGAGUAAUAUUUGAAGCGAUCGAAAAUCCAGUUGCAUAAAAUGAAGCUCUUGUUAUUUGUUGUGCUGGCGGUCGUUGUCGCCUGUAUGUGGGGGUGUGAGGCGUUGCCGGUUGGCAGUCCUGAAACGGCGAUUGAACUUAUGGCGCAGAUCCCCCAGUGGCACUGUAUGAGAUAUAGGAAGUUCGAGCUUGUGAGGCGAUGUCGAGGCUACAAGAACAGUUUAAGACGGCUUUAGUUAAUUUAUUUAUUACAUGUUUUUUUAUAAAUGUAGGUUUAGUGUGUUUAAUAAAAUUUUGUCUGAGA